AAUGGACAACCUGACAUUUAGAAACAGCAUUCUCCUCGUGGAGGGACUCAAAGUUACACAUCAGUCCUCUUACCCUGUUUUCAUUGUGCUUUUCUUGGCUUAUACUUUUGCAAUGGUAUCAAACAUUACACUUAUAUUUCUGAUUUCAACAGAGAAGAAUCUGCAUGAUCCUAUGCAUUUUCUGUACUGUAAUUUGCCAGUUAAUGAUGUUUUAGGGUCUACUGUUAUUAUGCCACGCUUGCUGCAGGACAUUUUAAGGGAAACCUCAGAGCGCUAUAUAUCAUAUGUGGAGUGUGUUAUUCAAGCUUAUUUUGUGCAUGUAUUUACAGCAGCAUGCCACUAUGUGCUGAUGAUCAUGGCCUUUGACAGAUAUGUAGCUAUUUGUAAUCCAUUGCGAUACACGACUAUAAUGACCAAUAAAAUGGUGGUUAAACUUUCAGCAUCAGCCUGGGGGUUAUCAGUACUUGUGGUGACAAUUAUGUUUGCUCUCACUGUGCGGCUGUCUCACUGCAGAUCAACAAUUGAAAACCCUUUUUGUGACAAUGCCUCACUAUUCAAACUGUCAUGUGAAAAUGUAAGUAUUAAUAACGUGUUUGGAGUUGUUUAUACCACAAUUAUAGCCUGCCUGUCAGCAGUUUCUAUAUUUAUAACAUAUGUCAAAAUUGCUACUCUAUGUAUAAGAAACAAAAACAAAGCACUCAAUAGCAAAGCCAUAAAAACCUGCAGCACUCAUUUAGCUGUUUAUUUAAUCAUGUUCGUUUCUGGAGGCAUUUUUAUUUUUCUUCAUCGUUUUCCUGAUUACUCUGAAAGCAGAAAACUAGCUAGUGUAAUGUUUCACAUUGUACCACCAGGAUUAAAUCCCUUAGUAUACGGUUUACAAACCAAAGAGAUAAGACAAAAGAUUGUUAAAGUUUGGUGUAGAUAA